AUGGACGAGCCCCCCAUCAACCAUCUCGUUACUCCAUCGGAGAUGAUGGAAUCUGGCCUCGCCCUGAAGGGCUACAGCGAAAGGCGAAUCAAGCGUGCCAAGGGAAAGACUAAUGUCUUCCGCUUCAAACACCACUUCGGAGUUUCUCCCUGCACUGCAGUUUGGGUGUACACCGACAUGCAAAUUACCAACAUUGCAGGCGCAAAGAUCAAGGGAGGAAUACUUGACCUCAAAUAUUUCUUGAUUGGACUGUACUAUCUACGAAAGUAUCCAACCGAAGAAGAGCUGACGUCCCAGUUCGACUACUCCAACUAUUGGGUAAGAGAGAAAGCUUGGGGAACUAUUGAGAAAAUUCAGCUCUUGAAGCACCAGGUGAUCGUUUGGGAAGACGAUUACCAGCAGGGGAAAAGAUGGGUAAUGACAGUGGAUGGGAUUCAUUGUUGGAUCAACGAGCCCUCGCAUAAGGAGUGGAGCCAAGAUCCGAAAUACUAUUCUCACAAGUAUAACAAAGCUGGUUUGGAUUACGAGUUGGGAAUCUCACUUGUUGACAACCGUUUGCUUUGGAUGCGUGGUCCAUUUCCAGCGGGGACUAAUGACAUUACUAUCUUUAGGGAAAAAGGACUAUUAGAUGAGCUGAAGAAACGAAAGCAAUCUGCCAUCGGAGAUCGAGGCUACAACGGAGAGCCAAAGCACAUGAGCACCUACAACGCACACGAUAAUGCUGGUGUCAGGCUCUUCAAGAGUCGAGCUCUCAAGAGACACGAAAAUUUCAACAGUCUGUUGAAGCAAAAUAAGAUCUUGGACACGCGAUUUCGACACAAUGAAGAUAGAUUUGCUUCGGCUUUCGAGGCUUGUUGCGUCUUGGCUCAGUAUCGAAUCACAAGAGAGAUGUCACUAUACGAUAUUUUGAUCGAGGAUGUUGUAGAUACGUAUGAAGGGGAUAAAUAG